AUGGACGCAGCAUCGACGAUGGAGCUGCCUGAUGCCUUUUUAAGCAUUUUGUUCGAGAUACUGCAAGGUAACGCUUACUCGAGCAUAAUUCAAUGGUCGGCCGAUGGCAGCAAAUUCAUAAUCUGGAAUCCGGACCAGUUCACAAAGGUUAUCCUGGAGAGAUUUUUCAGCAUUGCCAGCUUUGCAGCGUUCGCCAAGCAAUUGAGCAAGUAUAAAUUUCAGAAAACUAAGCGGCCACGCUGCGUGGAGUUUUCCCACGUUCAUUUUCAACGAGACAACGUGGCUAGUCUAUUGCUAGUUAAGGCAGGUAAGUCUGCCAGCACCGUCAAUAAACCAGAUAAGCAAUGUGGUUUCCACUGGGACUCUUUCAAAGCGAACUCCAUUUUAAGCAAGGCCAUCGGCAAACCUUCCUUCGAGAAAUUGAUAAAAAAUGUCGACGGACUGCAGAACAAUCUUGAUGAACUUAACGCGACAAACGCAGAAAGCUUGCAAAUCAUAAAAGAGAUUAACGCUAGCUUACAGACAAUUUCGUACCACCAGUUUCAUGCCUACCAAACGGCCAAUUUUCUGCAAGCGAACUUCGAAGCCGUUAGGAAAGUCGUUUGUCCCGAUUCAUACCUACAACACCAGCAAUUCCAACCACAGUAUCCCAAACGUCACUCGUUGUUGCUAUUGAAAACGGAUGCAUCCGAAUUGUCAGGAAUACCUUUUAUGCGCUUCGCCACCGCGCUCGAACUUAUGAACUGUUCUUUGGACACGGCUGCUCAAUGGCAUCCCCAGUUGCGCCUUGACACAUACGACCUGAUUUUUGUCACUGUAUCUCCCAACAUGCAACAAGAACAUCUCAUUUACUUCAAGAGACUGAGGAGCGCACUCCCAAGUUUCCCCAUAAUAGGCAUUAUGAACAGUCUCACCUCUCCUCAAGAUACUGGUGUCGUUCCCUCCGAUUAUUCUAACUAUUAUUUCCACCAUUUGUUGCCGUCGGCGUUCACUGACAUUUUAAUGAGCCCCUUCACACAAUCUCAACUCGUAACGCUUCUAUCCAGACAUCUUCGAACGUGA